AUGCAAAACUUGUUAAAUCAGGUAAAUUUUGUAAUGAGAAAAGAGUUGAAUUUCCAGGAAAGGGGGUCUGUGGCAAGGUCGGCGUCAGUCCGUCUGACGUUUUCGAAACUAUGCGAGAACGCGAAAGACAAGUCGGUUAUUAUGUUCACUGAAAUCGAAAAAUAGUUCCUUUAACAAUGCAGACGGCUUUAAUAGCAAAUCAAAACGCGGUGAAUGCGGCUUCUUCGUUGAAAAAUUGGAAAAAAGUUGCUCUCGGGGAACAAGUCGAGGUAGUUUUUCAGUGGAGUUUAUAAGAGCUUUUUCUUAUCUGCAGUAACUGGCGAGUCACUUUUUUUUCAUCAUACGUUCAAAACUAAUUUUUGAGCGCGGAAGAACAGUUUUCUAUUUCAAAAAGUCGAGCCAAGCUGUGGGAACGACGGCAGAUAACCCAGAGCUUGAUUGGAUGUCUCCUUCCCUUUUGACCGCAAAAUAACAUGAAAUAGAGGAUUAAUAGUGGAUUUAUUUGAAGAGGUGAAGCCAAUCAAUCACACUGAGGGGAUCUUCUAUUGCUUUUGAACCAAACAAUUGUUUUUAAUAAGUUUUGAACGCGGCAUUAGAUUGAGCGCUGCUCGGCGCAACUGGUUCAUCGGAAGACGGUAACGGAGGCUCAAAUCGAGGAGUUGAUCCAAUUGGCCGAUUCUCUUCGUAAUCGGCUCAACCUUCAGACGACUUCAAGUAAAGGAGUUUCCUUUUUUGUAGAAGACAAUCAGUUAAAAAAAAGAAAAAAGAAAAAAGGUUUCAUUUAAUAUUUUUUUUGAAGCUCUUCGAUAUAAAUUCAUAUCAAAAAAAGUUUUAAAUUUUUAAUGGGUUCUGUUUUUCAGAGCUUAAUACUAUCCGAGAAAACCCUGAUGCUUUCAUUCAACCGCAACAAAUGAGUAAUUUUUUUUGAGUUCUACAGUCUGUGUGCCACGACUUGAAAUUUCACCGAACGACAUUCCGCUGUUCCGCUGCGUGCGUUUUUCGAAAUUAGGUCACGCUUUCAAUUGAUUGUUAUUGCUGUGGGAGCACAUGAAAGUAGAGUACCAGGAUGAAAAAAAAAAAAAAUUAAAAGCGCGACCAAGUUUCGCAAAGGCGCGCGGCGGCACAGCGGAAUGUCGUUUGGUUAAAUUCCAAGUCGUGGUACACAGGCUAUAUUUAAUUGAUUUUUUUAAAGGCGUUACUAAUAGCUCAGCUGGAGCUCCAGAAGACGGCAAACCUAUCAUCCUUUGA